GCCAUUUCACUCACUCGCCAUCAUUUAAGCACACUCGAGCAGAUUUCUUUUUCCUGAGCAUCUCUGAUAAUCCAUUUGAAAAAGGUGAUGAUGAAUUCGCUGGAAUCUGUAAUCGCCCAAAUCCAGGGGUUGUCAGGAAGCGCCUCGGAUGUCGCUUCGCUUCAUAAUGUUCUUAAAGGAGUGGAUGACUCACUUCGCGCCGAGUCGACUCGGUUGGCGUCUUGUCUCGAUCAGCUUGACCCUUCCAAGCACUCUCUCGGCUACCUAUAUCUCCUUGAUGCAUGUGUAUCUGGUCCAACUACAAAAGAACAAGCGGAACCAAUGGUUUUGAUCAUCGCCAGAUUUAUAACUUCUUGCAGUCCGGAGCAGAUUCGUUUGGCACCUGAGAAGUUUGUAUCUGUCUGCAAAAAAUUCAAGGAUCAACUUUUGUUGCUUGAGGCACCCUUGAGGGGUGUGGCUCCAAUGCUAACAGCUAUCCGGAAGCUUCAGACUUCUGCUGAAAAUUUAACUACUUUACAUCCAGAGCUUCUUUUGCUCUGUCUGUUGGCCAAAUGCUAUAAAACUGGUCUUUCUGUUUUGUAUGAUGACAUUUCUGAGGUCGAUCAGCCGAGGGACCUUUUCCUAUACUGUUACUAUGGGGGAAUGAUAUGCAUUGGGCAAAAGCUUUUUCAGAAGGCAUUGGAGCUUCUGCACAAUGUUGUAACUGCUCCUAUGAAUAGCAUCAAUGCUAUAGUUGUUGAGGCAUACAAAAAAUACAUAUUGGUUUCACUCAUUCUAAAUGGACAGUUCUCUACCAGUCUUCCUAAGUAUACUUCUACAGUAGCUCAGAGGAACCUGAAGAACUUUUGUCAGCCCUACAUUGAAUUAGCAAAUAGUUAUAACUCUGGGAAGAUUUCAGAACUAGAGACAUAUGUUCAAACAAACAGGGAAAAGUUUGAAAGUGACAACAACCUUGGACUUGUGAAGCAGGCUGUGUCAUCCAUGUAUAAGCGUAAUAUCCAGAGAUUGACCCAAACAUAUCUAACUCUAUCACUUGAAGAUAUAGCCAGCACAGUGCAUUUAAGUAGCUCGAAGGAAGCAGAGAUGCAUGUGCUUCAAAUGAUCCAAGAUGGUCAAAUAUAUGCAACAAUCAACCAGAAGGAUGGAAUGGUUAGAUUCCUUGAGGCUGAACAAUAUAAAACCUGUGAGAUGAUUGAGCAUAUUGACUCAUCAAUUCAGAGGAUAAUGGCACUAUCUAGGAAGCUGACCACUAUGGAUGAAUCUCUAUCCUGUGAUCCUUUAUACCUAGCAAAGGUUGGAAGGGAGCGACAGAGAUACGACUUUGGUGAAGAUUUUGAUUCUGUUCCGCAAAAGUUCAGUAUGUGAAAAUAGCGACGACGUUGCAAACACUUUUAAUGUCAUAUCGGCUCCAUGUUUGUUGGUGAGACAAAUUUGUGCCUGUUAUUUUGUUGGCAAAUGAGAAUGUAGGAUAUCAUAGCAUGAACUAGUUAUGGGCAUGUUUUGUAUUUUGACUUCCUGUCUGUUUGUCCAAAAUUAUGGUCAGAAUAUAUGUGGUGUAAUGAUGAGAUUCGGAGAUUCUGAGGCUGAGUAGAAAAGGAUAUCGUUGCAGCUUACCAGUAAAUAUUUGUUGUAGCAAGGGAAAAAAAAAAAUCUUGCUAUUGACAUUGUGGAUGGUUGUAACUUCAAGUCAAGUAAAUAAAAGUAGGAAUGGGAUAUAAAUAUUCAAAAGUA